AUGGCUCCUUCCAACCUUCCCGCCAUCUUCAACCCCACCCAGCAGGACAUUGAGAUGCUCCUGGCUGCUCAGUGCCAUCUCGGCAGCAAGAACCUCCAGGUUCACAUGGAGCCAUACCUGUGGAAGACCAGGCCCGACGGUGUCAACGUCUUGAACAUUGGCAAGACCUGGGAGAAGAUUGUCCUUGCCGCGCGCAUCAUCGUCGCCAUUGACAACCCGGCCGACAUCUGUGUCAUCUCUGCCCGUCCCUACGGACAGCGUGCCGUCCUCAAGUUCGCAUCGCACACCGGUGCCACCGCCAUCGCUGGUCGUUUCACCCCCGGUAACUUCACCAACUACAUCACCCGUUCCUUCAGGGAGCCCCGCCUGGUUAUCGUCACCGACCCCCGCACCGACGCCCAGGCCAUCAAGGAGGCUUCCUACGUCAACAUCCCCGUCAUUGCCCUCUGUGACGGAGACUCACCUACCGAGUACGUCGAUGUUGCCAUCCCCACCAACAACAAGGGUCGCCACGCUAUUGGUUUGAUCUGGUGGAUGCUUGCCCGUGAGGUCCUCCGCCUCCGCGGCACCCUCGCCAACCGCGAGACCGAGUGGGACGUCAUGACUGACUUGUACUUCUACCGCGACCCCGAGGCUGAGGAGAACAAGGACAGCGCUGGUGUUGAGGAGGCCAAGGUCCCUGGUGCCGACGAGGUUGGCCCUGGUGCCGUCGCUGAUGGCUUCACUAGCGAGUGGGAGGUCUCCGGCGCAUCUGCUGGUGCUUUCACUGCCCAGGCCGCCGCUGCCCCCGGCACCAGCUGGGACGCUGACACCGCCGACUGGGCUGCGUCUGGCGAUGCUCAGACUGGCAACGAAGGCUGGGGUGCUGAGACUGCUGCCCCUGCUACCACCACCCAGUGGUAG